AAUCGAUCCUCCCCAUCCCCGUGGUGGCAGCGCGUCCACGAAGUACAGCCCCCGGCCGACGACUCUCUGUUGUCGACCCAACAACAGUUCAAAACCAUCCGAGACCCACGGCAAACAUGGCGUUGGAUUUCGCAGCCACUUACAAAGUCCUGGUACUGGGAGACUCGAACGUGGGCAAGACCUGCAUCGUGCAUCGCUAUUGUGACGAACGGUACUACGACACAUACAUCUCGACAAUAGGUAUCGAUUUCAAACAGAAGAUCAUUAAUUUAGAUGGCACGCCGAUUAAAUUACAAAUUUGGGAUACCGCCGGCCAGGAAAGAUUUCGUACUUUAACAACGGCGUACUAUCGCGGUGCCAUGGGUAUCCUUUUGAUGUACGAUGUCACUAGCUUGGAGAGUUUCAACCAUCUGUCCUACUGGCUACGGAAUAUCCAAGAAAAUGCGUCACCGGACGUAGUAAAAGUUUUGGCAGCGAAUAAAUGCGACGCGACCGCGCAUCGCGCAGUAGACGCCGAGAGAGGCCAGAAGAUCGCUGAGAACUUCGACAUGCCCUUCUUCGAGGUAUCUUGCAAGGAAAACAUCAAUAUCGAGGAAGCCUUCCUCACCCUGGCCAGAAGGAUACGGGAGCAGCGAGGCCGACGGGCCAGCCUGUUCGAGGCUUCCGAGAGAGAAGGUGCAGACAGUAUAAUUAAGGCACAGUCACCGUCUCAACAGGGCGACGCCUGGAGAUGCACCUGUUACAUGGAGGCGAUAGUGGAGUACAAUUAUGUCGCGCAAGAGGAGGACGAGCUGACGCUGAGAAAAGGUGACAUCAUCACUGGGAUUAAGAUGAUGCUGGGUGGAUGGUGGGAGGGCACCCUGAGGGACAAGCGUGGCAUGUUUCCUGAUAACUUUGUUAAGGUGUUGGACUCCUCUACGACUGGUAAUGGGAGCAGCGGCAGCAACAGUGAGACUGCAAACAGCACAAAGUCCGAUGAAAUCACUUUAAGAAAUGGAUCCAGCAGACGCUACUGCAAAGUCCUGUUUAGUUACGAUCCGUGUAACGAGGACGAGCUGACUCUAGUGCCACAUGAUUCUAUAGAAUUCCUGGGGGAGGUAGAAGAAGGAUGGUGGAGAGGUCGCCUCAGAGGUAGAGUCGGUGUGUUUCCCUCAAACUUCGUUUCCACUCCCGCCCCUGAGGAACAAGAGAGGCACAAAGAGGGAGAUAAGAAGGAGAUGUGCAGAGUACUUUUUCCUUACGAGGCUGCUAAUGAGGACGAACUCACCGUGGGCGAGGGAGAUAUUGUCACGCUAAUAUCUAAAGAUGCACCAGACAAGGGCUGGUGGAAAGGAGAGUUGAGAGGACAGAUUGGAUUGUUCCCUGACAAUUUUGUUGAGAUAAUCAGCGCAAAGGGUGAUCCCCAAGAGCAGGAGUCCCAGUGGCACGAAAUAACGUCCUCCAGUGUAAAGUCAACUACCAGACAUUCCCAUCAAAUCAAGAAGACCGAGAAGGCGCACGUUAGGAAAAGCGUGGACGCCAGGAACUCGCAUUCGAGUACCAUAUCUGAUCAUUUCCCCGCCAUAGACACCGCUAAGAAGAACCUGUCUACGUCGACAGGCCAUGUGUCGUCGGCGUCGUCGUCAACUACCGGAAGCGGGGGCGGCGAUAAGAAGGCGGCUGGCAGCCACUCGAUUAUAUCGAGCCUGAAGCGUCUCGUGAGCGACGUGGGGAAUAAUAAUGGUGUCGGCAGUGCGGCGAACACCGCCACCUCCACCUCUUCGGAGUGCCGUGAGGAAUUGGACGGCGUGGAGCGCGGGGAAGGUGCACCGCUUUCGCAUCUGACGGCCUCUCGCGCCAAAGCGCCCCGGCGACGACCGCCCUCCUCGCAGCACUUACGUCAUCACGCCGCGGGCUCAGCCGGCAUCAACGCGUCUCCGACGCUCCCCAAUGUGCCCAACACUCUUCUGGAAGAUAAUUUGUCUAACGGACGCACCGACACCGCGUUGGAGCAAAUACCGGACGAAGAGACCGACGGACUUGCGGCGAAAGCAAGGAGAAAAGCACCAUGGGUUGAGGAAUUAAAGAUGAAUCAGAUGGAAAGGAGAAAGAUCGCCGCGGUAGAUCGAGUCGAUAAGCCGGAGGUGAAGAAGGAACGGAACUUCUCGCGGUUAAUGACGCAGGGAAAUGUCACGGAUUCCGUUAACAAACCGGAUACCGAUAACGACGAUAGCAAACAGAAAGAUAAAAGUCCGCGGGCUGACACGAGUCCGCACGCCGACCAUAGCCCCGGUGCAUCGUCCGGACAACCGGCCUACGUUCCAUACGCACUUUACAGCAAAUUACUGGAAAGGGUGGCCGCGUUAGAAGAGAAACAGGCAGUAUUGCAGAUGACAGUAGGACAGCUCUCCGAACAGCUCAUACCUCUCCUCGCAAACUCAUCGAUUAACAGCAAAGUAUAAUACGUAUCGACGCACGAGGGGGUGGUAAAUCGAUAGUAUAUUUAUCGGCCCGUAUUACUACACACUGUGUUGUUUUCUCAUUGCGUCACUAAUGAGAAUCAGACUAACUAUUGCUGCUCUAGCGUAUAACGUUUAUUGCUAUUACUGUUGUUACAUAUAUACAUAUAUAUAUAUAUAUAUAUAGAUAUAUAUAUAUAUAUUUAUUCGUUUGUGGUAGCAUUCAGUUAUUGUUUACUCCGUCGGUGCAGUAUUCGCGUGAGCCGGUUGAAAACGCAACAUUCCACACGACAUUCUUCGCCUACGAAAAAAAAAAGAAAGACGUAUUUUUCCCUUCACUUGGUUUCUCCGAUAAUUUAGUAGCGAUCUCGCUGUAACUGCCGGAGUUUAUCACUCUCGCGAUAAUCGCGGCCGUUUCACGGAUGCCCGCAGCGUUCGCGGUCGCGAGUCUAAUAAUGGUUUUACGCUUCACUCCCGUCAUUUCAAACAUCUCACGACACAUAUCAGAACAUAUGAGACACAAAUCUUCGGUAUAUAUUUGCACAUAUUCUAGAUACGAUGAUAUUUCUUCAUUAUCAGUAGCACGAAAGAUCAUAAAGUUCCGAAAAAGAGAUAAAAACUAGCGCAAGUGUCCUUCCAGGUGAGUGCCCGUAUUUUCUUUUCUAUCAGUUUACAUUUUAAUCAUUUUAUAUUAUUUAUUCACAAAAAUAUUGGGUAAUUAUUUAUAAUAAGGCAGCCACCCCCGAGUUCAAACAUUUUUUAAUAUGUCAGGAGGAUUUCUAUAAUAUAGGUCAACUGGACUUCGCGUGGACAGUCAAAAACGCAUGCAAAAUUAUUAAACUUUUUCGUUAAUAACUCUUUAAGAACAACGAGCUGAAACCUUCACAACGUCACUCAAGAUGAUGACCUUGAUGAUAAGAUGAUGGUUAAAAAAUUAUUGAAAUCGGAGGUGGCUCCCUUAUUGUAAAUUAUCAAAUAUUGUUACAUCCCCGCUAUCGAUGGCUUGAUUUUGCGCUCUUAUAAAGCGUGUAUCAUAUCAAUCAGUUAUAAAUAUGAAAAAAGGUGAUAGAUAAAAGAAGAUGAAUCCUCAAACAAUGAAAUCAUUUAGAAGAGAUAAAUGUAUUUACAGGCGUCUUCAAUGCCGAUACUUGAAAUCAAGCCUCUUUUGUUUUUAUUUUUGUACAAUAAAGAAGCACAUAAUCGACUUAUCGAUACGGAUGUAAUAUAUUUUUAAUGGGACUUACGAAAAAUAGCUGAUUGUGUUAAUUCUUCGUAUUAAACAAUGGAAAAUGGAGAAAGGUACAAGAGAGUACUUAAAGUCGAUAGAACAUAAGAAUAUAUGUGAUUCUUUUUUUAUCCAACGAACGUAGCUGCCUCGCGAUGAUUGUAUGAAGAUUUUGUUCAAUAAGUUUCUUCAGUAAUCUGAGUGCCAAUGUGAAGCAUUUCGUUCACUGCAUUUCCGGGAUAUCUCAUUCAGUAGGAAUGAAUAAUUCCCUCGUUGAUUUUUCACAAUUAAUAAUAUCACUGAACUGCGGUCUAGUACGACUUGUACGAGCCUAAUUCGACGUAUUCGUCGAGCCAUUUAUUUCCAUGCGCUUGUCGAAGCAUAUUCCGGUUUUGGAAAUGUCUUUGAAACGGUGCUAGUAACGCGAUAUGUGAUAUAUCGUAGUGUCACGUGAUUAUACUAUUCACAUAGAAAAAGGAGGCAGCGAGAAAUUUAUAAGACUUUUAUUUCUGUUUUAAGUAAAUGUAUUAUGGCAGGAUGAUAAAACUAGGUGCACUAUAGCCUGUUUUAAACGACAGAUUAGCAGCUUUAUUCGAUAUAAUCAUAAUCAUGAAUCAUGUUGAAUAUGAAGGAAAAAAUGUUUUAUUUUUUUAAGAAAACAAUUUUAAGUAAAUAUGAUAAAAGAUGAUAAUGAUAUGUAAUCAAUAACGAGAGAGGAAAUACAAGACGCUAUUUAAUUUUCUCUCAGUAUUCCGUAAAAUAUACUUAAUAUUUUAACUAAUAAUAUAGAGCGGAUUGCAAGGUUUCCUCUCUAAUUAUUUUGAUAUAAAAUAGAUUUUAUUUUUAUGCAGAACAUAUCAGAUAAUAUAUAUACGUAUGCAUAUAAUUCUUUCACUUUUCCAUCAAUUUUUAUAAUCCAAAUGUAAUUCCAAAUUGUGAAAUUUGAUUGAACUGUACAUUUAUCAUAUUUACUUGAUCAUCGAAUGUAUAUUUGUUAAAUUACUGAAUUUAUUAAUAUAUUGUACGAUAUAUUCAAUGUUCACCUAAAACAAAACAUACUUUGGGGCGAUUCAAUUACUUAAUACAAUCUUGCAAAUAAUUAUAAUUUAAUUAUAUACGUUAUUACGUUUGUAAUCGUAAUAAAUUUCGCAGAAUUAAUCCCCGAAAAAACAAGAUGUAUGAUAACAGUUAUUGAUUUCAUAGAAAAAGUUACAAUGCAAUCAAGUUCUACAUCAGAUGUAAAUUCUUGUUUCACAUGUAAUCCGUCCCCGAAUGUCAAAAAGAAAUCAAUAUGCGAUUCAUUAUAUAAGUUGGCUUAAUUAUUAUAAGACUAUAAUAUUUUGAUACGAACAUUUUACAAUGAAAUUUGUAUAUUUAUGGACACGUAUAGUUUAUGGAUUUCUUGUUUUCUUUUUUUAAGUAUUAUUACUCCAAUAUUGGCCUAGAGCAUUUAUUAUUUUAUAAGGUAUACGUUUAUCAAGACGUUUAUCAAUCAUGUGCUAUAUUUCGAAGACUUUUGCAUUGUAAAACAUCGCAAGAAUAACUCCACAGAUGAAGCUUGCUAGUUCUUCUAAUAAUAAUUUCAUAAAUCGUUUUAUAGCAUCUUUAUUUAAAUUCCAUUUUCUUCUUCUGCGGUACGUAAAUUUGACACGCUGAUUCGUUAAUAUGAAAUCAAGGAGAAUUUGUUUAAUUGGCACUUAACAUUAACCACAAAAGAAAGUUCAAGGUAAACGAGAGACCACAGUAGAAUGUCACUGUAACAGUAUCAUGUCUUUUAUACUUUUAUAUUCCAGCGGAUCAAGUCGUUUGAACGUAACAUUCUUUAAGUGAAUAUCUGUUCACUUCUAUCUCGUAUACAGAGCUUCGGUUUGCACGAACGCGACGUUGUGCACAUUCUUGCAGAUAUAACACGUGACAAUAAUAGUUAUUAAGCGAGUUCGAAACAAUUUUCGCCGCAAUUUUUUUUGUAAUCGUGAUUGCGUCCCAAGAUCGUUCGUGAUCGUAAUUCGCCGUAGGAGCUCAGUUAAGACUUUGGUUGCAUUUUACCUUGCAGGAUAUUUUUUUUAACAACGAAUAACCGUUUGUAUCAAUCGUCGUUUCUCCACUCUCCACUAUGUAUCCAUAUCGUCUUCCCUUGUAAUAAACUCUCGCGAUCAUGCACAAUCACUACACUCCUGAUUGUAGUAGUGUGGCAAUCAAUUUGAAAAUCAUGAAACUAAUUAGAUUAAUUAAAUUACGUUAAGUUAAGCUUGUACUUAUAAAUUGUUUUAUAUUGCGUUCGCAUUUAUCACCGAACUUGUUCCAAUGUCUACUCGAAACGGUUCGAGAAUCGCCAAGCGUUUAAUCUGUAAAUACCAGUGUUGAGCACUAAUCCUGCGUGUUGAGUGAGAAAUAUGCGAUGCGAUUGUAAACGAAAUCCUUAUUCUAAAGAUAUCGCGUCCCAAGCAUUAUCCUAACGCAACAAUGGAUCAGCAGCAUGUAACCAAUGUUGAUCACGGUAACGACUAUCUCUUGUACGCUUUCGAUCGCUAUCGGCGGCUAUGGCGAAUGAGUAUCGUUCGCGAAGACUAAUAAUAGCAGACCUAUUUCCGAUUGUUGUCGCGCGAUAUCGAAUCUUAUCGAGAGGCGAGAGACAUUUUUGUAUCACGCUGUAGAACAAAGUGUGUAAUCCUCGAUAAGAGUCCUAUUGAAGAGCGGACGAGUCAUCGUCGCGACACAGCAGCAGCUGUUAGCUACACUAUAUAGUUGUUAAGUGACAUUGCUGUAGAAAGCAUGCUCUAGAAUGUAAGGAAAUUGGAGAAUUAAUGACUCGGGCGAACCGCAUACGAUUUUUAAUGUUAUUAACGUUUAGGCCUACUAUGUAUAUAUACGUGUAUAAGUAAUGAUCGAGUGAGAGUUGUGUGUAUAUAUAUAUAUAUAUAUAUAUAUAUAUAUAUAUAUAUAUACUCCGCCUCUGUCUCAAUCGUGUCAACCGUGCGUAUACGUCGGAUUUAACAAUCGUACCUGUAAAUAAAGCCAUCGCAGUAAAUCUUUCUCUGCAUACACUGAUGUUGGAGAUUCCUGUAGCUCCACAUUAAAUCUCUGUACAUAU